AUGCGGUGCUCCUUCGGUGCCCCGGUGCUGUCGAUGCUGGUGGCCCUUCUCUACCUGAUCCCGAUCGCGAUCGCUUCACCAUUCGCUUUUAACGAGAAUCCGCUCGAGAAGCGAUGCUCAAAUCCCUGUGGAUGGAAUGACCAGCUUUGCUGUAGUGCCAGCCAAGCCUGUACCACGAACUCGCUGAACGAAGCAGUUUGCGUCGACAGCUCGAGCGGUUCAUGGGAGUACUUCACCACCACCAUCAUUGUAACCGAGGUAGACAAGUCCACAAUUACCUCUGUCUGGAGCAGUCAUAUUCAAACAGCCACGGCUACGGCCACGGGAACCUGUCGACUCGAUCUGGGCGAGUCAACCUGCGGGAGUAUCUGUUGCGAUGCCGCACAGGAGUGUCAGGAUGGCGUCUGUGUCGCUGAAAGUUCCUCUGCCGCAGUAACUGGAGCUGAGGCUACCCCCGGUGUUCGAGGAACAAGCAGCGGUGCCAGUACUGUGACGCAGACGUCUGCGCCUACCACGACGGAAGGAUUCAUCGCACCCGUUGGCACCAACGGCGCAGACCUAAUCGGCGCCCAAGCCUCCAGCAGCGGAGGCGGACUCAGUGGUGGUGCAAUUGCCGGAAUAGUCAUUGGUACUAUUGCCGGUGUGUUCUGUCUUCUACUGCUCUGUGCCUGUCUAUGCUUCAAGAGCGCAUUGGACGGCCUCCUCGCAGCUUUGGGCAUCCGCAAACGCCGCAGACAAGAUACCACCGUGAUCGAGGAACGCUAUUCUCACCAUUCGCACGGCAGUCGGCCACCGCCUCCCAGACGCACUUGGUUUGGUACGAGGCCAGCAGCUGAGGGAACGGACAGUGAAGUCAGCGAGAAGAAGUCCAGGUUUAAUUGGGCGAAGCUGGCGAUUAUCCUGGGUGCGUUGGCGCUGUGUCUGGGUCUGAAGAGACGCAGAGACCAGGACCAUGAUGAUGAAUCUAAGACGAGUUAUACGGACCCGAGUUCGUACUAUUACUACUCGGACUACACGCGAACGAAAGCUCUGGCGGACGAACACGAGACACACGACGGUCCCGUCGAUCUCGCAGAAGCUCACGACGUUAAUGAGUAUGCAGAAAAAGAACAAGAGAUCGAAGAACAAUCGUCUAGGUUGCGACCUUCUCCUCUUCUCCUCUGCUGA